AUGGAAGAUAGAGGAGGCUUUUCGAGAGGAUUUGGACGAGGCAUGAGAGGUUCAAGGGGCGGUCGUGGUAGAGGACGUGGAAGAGGAAGAGGAAGAGGUUCAGCAGAAGAUGAUUUAAAAAACUGGGUACCAGUAACAAAAUUGGGAAGAUUGGUAAAAGAAGGGAAAAUUGUUUCCAUUGAAGAAAUUUAUUUACAUUCCUUACCAAUUAAAGAAUAUCAAAUUAUUGAUUAUUUUUUUCAACCAAAUGAAUGUGCACACCCCUUAAAAGAUGACGUUGUGAAAAUUAUGCCUGUACAGAAACAGACACGUGCAGGUCAAAGAACAAGAUUUAAAGCAUUUGUAGCCAUUGGUGAUGGAAAUGGCCAUUGUGGUUUAGGAGUAAAAUGUGCAAAAGAAGUUGCAACAGCCAUUAGGGGUGCAAUUAUUGCUGCAAAACUUUCUCUAAUACCUGUGAGAAGAGGAUAUUGGGGAAACAAAAUUGGUGAUCCACACACAGUGCCAAUGAAAGUAUCAGGAAAAUGUGGUAGUGUUCGUAUUCGUUUGGUACCAGCUCCAAGGGGUACCCAAAUCGUUGGUGCUCCAACUACUAAGAAAAUGCUGAACUUUGCAGGAAUUAAGGAUUGCUUUUCAUCAUCCUGUGGAAAAACCAAAACAAGAGGAAACUUUUUAAGAGCCAUUUUCAACGCUUUGAGUAAAACAUAUGGCUAUUUAACCCCUGAUUUAUGGAAAGUAACAAAAUUUGAUAAAUCUCCUUAUGAAGAAUGGUCUGAUUUCCUUGAAACAUAUCAAAACUUGAAGACAAUUAAAACAGCAGUUUAA